GCCGCUGGGUGACGUCACAUGCGGAAGUGAUACGAUGAGUGGAGAGGAGGAAGAGCGGCAGCUGCUCUGCGCCUGGGGCUCCAAUAGCUGCGGCCAGCUCGGACUGGGGAGCAGAGAGGACGCUCUGUGCCCUCAGCGGGUACCAGGCUUUCCAGGGAAGAGGCAAGUCAUACAGAGCAUCAGUGGGGGUGGCAGCCACUCUGCUGCAGUGACAGAUGCUGGGGAAUUGUACGUCUGUGGUCAAAAUAAAAAUGGCCAGUUGGGCUUAGGUCACUGCGAGGAUUUGCCGCGUUUCAGCUUGUGUCCUGCCGUUUUGAACUUGCGUGUGGUCAAGGUUUCAUGUGGCUGGGACUUCUCCAUUAUCUUAACAGAAAAUGGACUUCUGUUAUCUUGCGGAUCCAAUGCUUUCAACCAACUAGGAAUUCCUCAGCAAAAGUCAAGCUCUGUUCCUAACCCGGUUCAGAAUUUGAAAGAGAAAGUUGUGGACAUCGCAGCUGGAUUAAGGCAUUCCCUGGCUCUUACAGAGAGCGGACAGACCUUGCAGUGGGGUUCUGGGCUGGCAUCACAUGCAAAGAGAUUCUGCCACAGAAAAUCCAUUCAUCCUUUCUACACAGCCGAGGAACCUUAUCCGGUACCAGGUUUGGAAGAUGUGAAAGCAGUACAGGUGACAGCAGGAUCGUACCACUCCGUGGCUUUGUCAGCUGCAGGGGAGCUGUGUGUCUGGGGCAGCAAUAAACACGGGCAGCUCCUGCACCCCGAAUGUUUCGUCCUUCAGCCUCAUAGAAUAGAACGUGCCAUGUUCCAUGGGGAACCGAUACGGGCAGUAUGGAGUGGAUGGAGCCACUUGGUUGCACAGACUGAGUCCGGUCAGGUGUGUUCCUGGGGAAGAUCAGACUACUCUCAGCUGGGCAUAGAUGGCAGUGUUGUCCCUGGGGCAAAGGAGGAAGACGACCGUGUCCCUGCAGGAAGUUUUACGCCACCUGCCAGUGUUCCUGGCUUAGCUGGUGCGGCUCAGAUUGCAUGUGGAUCUGAGCAUACUUUAGCUUUAUGUGGCAACACUGUAUAUUCCUGGGGGUGGAACGAGCACGGGAUGUGCGGCACUGGCUCUGAAGACAAUGUACCCACUCCCACAGCGGUCUGCAUUCCCCACUCCAAUACAGUGAAGCUGAUCGGAUGUGGAGCCGGACACUCUAUGGUUCUGUGUGUAUCCUCAGGGCAAUCCAUCCAGCUUUUAUCAAGUGAGUCUGAAGAACACUUUUCCAGAUCUGACACUUUUUCUUACAGACCCUCAUUAACUAAUGUUUUCUCUUGGAACCAUUUCCCUGAUUUUACGCCCUUUUUUGUUGUUGUUUUUGUUUAAGCCACAAAAUCACAGUAUUGUGAACAGUUUCUUGGGUACUGGGUAUUUUACUGGAAGUUUUGAGUACAGUAUUCCUGGGUGAACAGUACAAAUGUAUGCAGUCUGCUCAGAGUAGGAUACUGAACAAUAGCUUUUUUUCUAUAUAAAGUUAACAUUGUAAUUAAUUGUAUAGAUGUGUACCACUUGUAGAUACAUUUUACACAAUAAAUCACUAUGGUCAAU